GAGGGCGCCACGGGUUAUUUCAACGUUCAUCAGAUGACAAAUCCCGGAAGUUGGUGACGUCUCAGAAAAACAAAGAUGGCAGGAAUGGGAAGCGGUAACUACUGGGAAGACCUGCGGAAAGAAGCCAGGCAGUUGGAGAACGAACUGGACCUGAAGUUGGUGUCCUUCAGCAAACUGUGCACCAGCUACAACACUUCCAGGGAUGGCCGGCGAGGAGACACGUCUGACACUACACCGUUGCUCAACAACUCUACCCAGGACAGGAUGUUUGACACCAUGUCGGUGGAGAUGGAGCAGCUGCUGGCCAAACUGACUGCAAUAAAUGACAAAAUGGCGGAGUACACCAGCGCCCCGGGCACCGCGUCUCUGAAUGCUGCACUCAUGCACACGCUCCAGAGGCACCGAGACAUCCUACAGGAUUACACACAUGAGUUCCACAAGACCAAAGGAAACUUCUUAGCCAUUCGGGAAAGAGAAGACCUAUUAGGAUCUGUCAGAAAAGACAUUGAGAUGUACAAAAGUGGCUCUGGUGUCAACAACAGAAGAACAGAGCUGUUUCUGAAGGAACAUGAGCACCUAAGAAAUUCGGACCGACUGAUGGAUGACACAAUAAGCAUUGCCAUGGCGACCAAGGAGAAUAUGACAUCCCAAAGAGGCGUGCUGAAGUCCAUACAGAGCCGGGUCAACACGCUGGCCAACCGUUUCCCGACCAUCAACAAUCUCAUCCAGCGAAUUAACCUCCGGAAGCGACGGGACUCCCUCAUCCUGGGCACCGUGGUUGGCGUCUGCACCAUUCUCCUUUUGCUCUACGCUUUUCACUAAUCCCUGUAAAAGGAGAGGAUGGGUGUGUUCUUUUGUAGCGUAGGACUCGCAGGACUGUGGCUCGGUGGUUGAAGACCCCGGAGGCUCCUGAGCACUAAUACUUUAGGUUCCUUUCAACCGCCAGCAGGAGCUACUGAACUUUGAAUCGAGAUUUGGGACGAACGGACUACUUACGGGUGAACCAACAAGACACGGGAAACAAAAGUAGUACUUUUAGAAAUGUAUAUUAUAAUAACUCACUCAAAGAGACGUCGUACGGGAGAAACGGACAAAGAAAAUGUGUGAUGUCUUGUUUUGUUUUGUUCAUCACGCCGGGAAUAUUUUCAUUUGAAUGGUCCUUUUAAUUGAUGGUGCAAGAUGAAAAGCUCAUUCUGGGCUUGUAAAUGUGAGUCAAUAAAUUAUUCAUAUCCA